AUUUACAUAUAUACGUACAUAGCGCCGGUUAAUCCAACCUCAGUUACGCCUGAGAAGUGGAAGUGUUUGUGCCGAGGUUCGACGAGUGAGUUCCUGCUUGUACAAAGCCAGAAAAGAAGAGAGAGAGGAGGAUAUAUAAGCAACUAGUAGCCAAGUGAGAAACAUACUUGUAACUUGUGCCAAAGAAAGUAACGGGACACUAUUAAAGCGCAGUAGAGCAAGAGCCUCGCCUCCCUAUCCUGACGACGGUGAGACGAUGCCGCCAUGAAGACAUUCGGACGCGCCAUCCAGCUAAACUGCCUCUUCCUGGUGGUGGUGGCGCUGCUGGUGGCGCUGCAGCUCUUCCUCCAGCAAGCCCAAGAGCGUCUACAGGUGGGCAAGAGGGAGGCGGCAGGGAAGGAUGGCCUGAGGGACUCAUCCUUAGCCCGACCUCUUCAAGACGCUCCUGACGACGCCCUCCAAGAUAACCCAGGUCUAGGACAGGAAGCUGCAGACGGUGCUCCUGACGACUCUCUGGCAGCAGAACCCUUCGUUCCUAACAUCCGUAAGUCUUUCUCCAAGAGAAAAGCUCCUUACAUCAGGAAGGGCAAGAAGAACAAAAAGAAGGCUCUAAAGAAUAAGAAAAACAGGCAGCAGAAACGUGGUUCUCACGGAGGCUUCAAGGAAGGGGACGGCAAAUUUGGGAACCCUAAGACUAUUGGAGGGGCGAAAGGUGGAAUGAAGGCUACGGGUAAACUUGCGACCUGGAAAAAUGGGGAGAAAUCCGCCCAGAAUAAACACUCCAAAAAAAAGGGGUCGAAUGGCAAUGAAAAAAAUAUAUUUAAGACUGUAGGUACCUGGUGAUAUCCACGCGUACUGACGAUUUGCCUCUAGUUUAUUUCAAAAUUAUUUUUGAUAUUAAAUUUGUAUAUUUAAAAUUUGAGAUUGUUAUGAGAGGCGCACUCGCACAUUGAUCACGUGAGUGAUGCUGGCAUUAUCAUCUAUAUUUAUUUCUUCACAAAUCACGCCCAUAGAUUUAGUUAGGUUUCCAUUCGCACUUAAUUAAUGUGUCGUCCUCUUUCCAAAUGAAUAAUACUGUGAUGCACAAAGUGUCUUAUAGGAUUUAAAAUACAGUAUUCAUAUUGAACUUUGUAUGUAAAGUUCACGGUGUUGUAUGAAGACGUAAAUGCGCUUUUAGUUAUAAAACAUUUUAUGA